CCUCUGUUUUUCCCCACUUUGCCCCCACCCCACCCCUCGCGGGGGCGGCGGCGAGGCCACCCAUCACCGCAUUGCCUACUUCUUCCCCGCCCCGGCUUCCCGCUCGUCUCGUCUCGGCUCGGACUCCCACGCCACCCAACGCCACGCCGUCGCGCUCGAACCCUCUCUCCGCGGAGCACGCCGGCUCGAAGGAGCUCCGAGCGGAGACCCCUGCGAGCUUGCUCGACUGCUGCUUCAGAGCCGAUAUUUCUAUAUGGCAAUGGGCGCUCUGACCCUUCCAGUUCUCUGUGAAUCUGUCUGCGGCGCGGUGGAGUGGAGUACUCUCUUCAUUUUUUCCAACCAAGUCGUUGGUUCACUUCAAGGUGGUUUCGCCAGAUUUGUACAGAUAGUUUGAUUGGAGUGUUCGGGCCUGAGGAAUCGGGUAAACAGCUGGGCGUGAUUCUUGGUGAUAUUCCAUGGAAGCCGUGCACGGUAUACAGUCCCUGGCUUCAGGAGACGGCCACCACCACCUUUCCCGGACCCUUGGGCCGGCGCUGCUGAUCUCCGUGGGCUAUAUUGAUCUUGGCAAGUGGGUGGCCACGGUCGACGCCGGGGCUCGGUUUGGGUACGACCUCGUGCUGCUGGUGCUGCUUUUCAACUUCUCAUCGGUUCUGUAUCAGUACAUGUGCACCUGCAUCGGCAUGGUCACCGAGAAGAAUCUCGCACAGAUCUCCGACCAGGAGUACAGUCGGUUCAUAUGUGUCGGCCUUGGUGUCCAGGCAGGAUUGUCUUUGCUUACUUCAGAACUAACCAUGAUUUCAGGCAUAGCAGUUGGAUUCAACCUUGUAUUUGAUCACGAUGAUCUCAUCACAGGCAUCAUUUUUGCAUGCGUUGUAAUUAACCUGCUGCCGUAUCUCUUAUCCCCUCGGGACAAGAGGAUGUCUGGAACGUUAAAUGCUUGCAUAGCGGGCUUUACGAUCCUUUGUUUUGUGCUUGGUUUGUUAAUCAGUCAACCAGAGAUACCUCUCCAUGUGAAUGUGAUGUUCCCCAAGUUGAGUGGUGAAAGUGCUUACUCACUGAUGGCACUUAUGGGUGCAAACAUAAUAUCACACAAUUUUUAUGUUCACUCAUCAGUUGUUCAGGUUCAAAAGAGGUCUCAUGUUCUUACCCUUCGUACUCUGUUUCAUGACCACCUUUUUUCUAUAUUAUUCAUUUCUACUGGAGUUUUUCUUGUGAACUAUGUUCUGUUGAGCUCAGCGGCAUCGGAAUCUAGUCACAAUGUGAUCCACUCCUUUCAUGAUGCUGUAGAUCUGAUGAACCAGAUAUUUACAAAUCCCAUGGCUCCACUUGUGUUACUAGCGGUUCUUCUCUUUUCGAGCCACAUUAUUUCGUUGACAUGUGUUAUCGCCAGUCGUGCAGUUAUGGAGAAUUUCUUUGGUGCAAAUCUGUCUCUUUCUGCGCAUCAUGUGCUACUCAAGGUUCUUUCCAUGAUUCCUACUAUCUAUUGUGCAAAAGUAGCAGGCUCCGAAGGGAUAUAUCAGUUACUCAUUCUUUGUCCAGUAAUCCAGGGCAUGACCCUGCCCUCCUCUGCUAUUCCUGUUUUCCGUAUUGCCUCAUCACGGUCAAUGAUGGGCAACUACAGGAUAUCUCUGUACGUUGAAAUACUAGCCUUCCUUGCAUUUCUUCUUAUGUUGUUCACAAAUAUCAUUUUCGCGGCCGAAAUCAUGUUCGGUGACAGCAGCUGGACAAACAACCUGAAAGGGAACACUGAAAGCCCUGUCAUAAUUCCACAUGCUGUACUAAUUCUAAUGUCUUGUGCGUCUAUUGCUUUUACACUCUUCCUGGCUGUGACUCCAAUAAAAUCAGCCAGUAGUGAAGCUGAAACUCAUGAGUGGUCUGUGCACUCUCCGAGAGAAGCACUGGGCACCACUCAUCACAGAGAAGAUACUUAUCCGGAAUAUAUUGCGCGCGAAGAAAUUCAAAGGUAUUCUGUUGAUGCUGUUCCAAAGGAUUCAUUGGGAAGUCAUAAGAAAUCAGCUUUGGAGCAUACUGACAGUUCUGAAACCACUGCAGAAUCCGAUAACGGGGCUCGACAAUCAACUGCUCAUAUGGCGACUAUUCCUGAGGCUGACUCCUUAGCGCCCUGCAACCUCGAGGAGUCAAAAUCAGUUGUUAGGGUUGACUUUACAGAGUCAACUACAAAGGUUUCUACUGCCAUGGUAGUAGAACAAAGUUCAGCAGAGAAUAUCAAAAUGAAGAGCACGGCUGAGAAAGAUGUCGAAGUUGAAGCAGAUGUUUGCACAGACAAGGACAAUGAGACUUCACAUAAUGUGAGCUCCAGUAAUAAGUCCACUGGAGGCAAAGCACCCUCUUCAUCUUCCAGUGAUCCACCAUCCCUUGCUAUGAGCAGGUAUAAAGAAGCUGAUGCUAUCAGUGGCAGUAGUGGCCUCUCAAGGCAGCCUGGUUUGGGCCGUGCUGCAAGGAGACAGUUAGCAGCUAUUCUUGAUGAGUUCUGGGGGCAUCUUUUUGAUUAUCAUGGUAAGUUGACACAAGAAGCUAAUUCUGAAAGGAUCAACCUUUUGCUAGGACUGGACUUGGGAGUAGAUGGUUCAGCUGGGAGAACGGAUAACCAAAACACUCAAGCUUCCAAGAACCCCUUAGCGAGAGAUACAGUGCCAGGAUCAGGCAUCUCUAGCCCAUACUUGUCUUUUGGGCUUCAGAUGGGUGCCAUGGGGUCAUCAGCCUGGUCACAGAGCAUGCAUUUACCAAACACAGACGCUCUGAGUUCAAGCAGCACGUUUCUUGACCAAAAUGCAAAAGAAAUCACGAAUUAUGAUGGGGCACCUUACUGUGAUAACCAGUUGUGUCAGCCUGCUACCAUUCAUGCUGGGUAUCAGCUAGCAAACUAUCUAAAAGUGAUAGAUGCAAGUCGGCGUUCACGUUCCAGCAUUCCACUGAAGGCACAGCGACCUCCUAUAUCUUCUGAAUCCGCUGGUUCCAACUAUGCUGGCUCUGCUAUUCGUUCAUUUGGUUCUACCACUUUGCAGAACCCAACAAUGAGCGGCUUAAGUACAAUGAUGGUAGGAAGAUCGUAUUACGAUCCCACUACCAUUCUUGGUGGUGGCUCAUCUGCUUACCCAAAGAAGUACCAGAGCUCACCCGAUAUAUCUGCUGUAAUUGCUGCAAGCAGGAAUUCACUGUUGAAUAAAGCAAAUAUGGGCAGUGCUGCUGGAAAUCAGUCAUAUCUUAGUAGGGUGGCAUGUGAAAAAUCACGUGAUGUGGACGCAGCAAACAUGUUACAGAGCUCUAUGCAGUCGAGUAUGAACACCAAACCAGCAUCACUUUGGUCCCGGCAACCAUUUGAACAACUGUUUGGUGUGCCGAGUGCAGAGUUGAAUAAUAGGAGCGAGGUGAACACCGAGCGCAGAUCAAAUGUCACCAAGGAUGAUUUCUCAUACAAGGAAUCCGAAGCAAAGCUUCUCCAGUCUCUUAGGUUUUGCAUCAUGAAGCUCUUAAAGCUGGAAGGGUCGAGAUGGCUUUUUAGGCAGAAUGGUGGUCGUGAUGAAGAUCUAAUUGACCAAGUCGCUGCAGCUGAGAGAGUUUCACAAGAAACCACAAAUGGCAUGGACGUUAAUUGCAUGCACGGACAGCUCAAUUGUGGUGGUGAUUGUGUUUGGCAGGCUUCCCUGGUUGUUAGUUUUGGUGUCUGGUGUAUCCGUCGGGUGCUUGACCUGUCCCUUGUGGAAAGUAGGCCAGAACUUUGGGGCAAGUAUACUUAUGUUCUCAACCGUCUUCAGGGGAUCCUCGAUCCUGCAUUUUGUAAGCCUCGGAAACCCGUCACCGGGUGCUCAUGCCUCGAGAAAGCACGUCUGGUCGCCAAGCCGAUGCCCGCCACCUUCACCGCCAUAGCUGACAUCUUGCUGUUGAUCAAAGAUGUGGAGCAAGCCGUUUCGGGCCGGAGGGGUCGAAGCGGCACGGUGGCAGGAGAUGUUGCCUUCCCUAAAGGGAAGGAAAACCUUGCUUCUGUGCUCAAGCGAUACAAGCGUAGGCUCUGGAGCAACAAGCCACCUGCCGGACCAUAGCUGUCAGUCAGCCUCUCACCAAGCCUCUGUAGACUGUAGGGUUCUUGUUACCACUGCUUCUUCUCGUAUAUUGGGUUUUUCUGCUGCAUGCCGUACGCCUGGAGGCUUUUCGAUCUUGGUUCAGUAAUGGCAAUCGACUGUAACUGGUUUUGCCCAUAUAAUGGCAAUUCACUCUGGUUUUUCCCAUAUAAUGGCAAUUGCAUAGUGUUCUACAAGGGCAAGGUGUGAACGGUCACUGUAGCUGCUUCGAGCGAGAUGUACAAAAAAUCGUUGGUAGUUUGUUGAAGUGGCUCUGUAAAUUUGACUGUAACUCAAAUUCCUCUUGUGGCUAAAUCUUUGUAUUUCAA